ACGGAAUUAUGUCGAGAAUUUGUAAAAUGUUAGAAUUAUUUAUAUUGAGUUAUAAUUUUUUGAAAUAAACCCGUUAAUUUUUGUACUUCCUGCGAUUUAAGGAAAGAUGAUCUUCUACCCAAAUAUGUCAUGAAUAACCAGGGACGGAUCCAAAAAGGAAAUUAAGUUUUCCUUAAAUGCAGUUUCUGGAAUGAGCUCCGUUAAUAAGCCGUGUUUAUCAAAAUUCAAUACUAAAUACAAAUUUGAGUCACUCAAGUCGAGAGUCAUUUUUACAUGUAUCUUCAUUAAAAAUGAAGUUAUUUUUUUUAUAUUCAAGGGCAAAUCUAAUUCAAUUUUUUUCACUCAGCGUUACAGUACUAGGUCUUAGAACUCUUAGAAGGGUAAAUUUCUCCCCCUUGGAUCCGUCGCUGUGUAUAACUAUAUAUUUCAAAAACGUAAUUUGUUUUAAUGUGCCGCAUUAUAAUAUCUAGAAUAAUUCCACUUGAAGAACUACCGUCGAGGACUAGCUGAUUCCUUCGAUUUUGAGGCAGUAUUGCCAUGAGACAGUAGAAAUUUCCUCCCGCGCCGCUUGCCCCCUUUUCACAAUGGAAAGAGAAUAGUCUUUGUUAAGACCAUCGUUGUCGUUUGUAUGGUCAUGGACUUGAGAUCCAUGGGCCUGGCUUGUGAUAAUCACCAAGUGAAAAGUAAAGAACUAGAAGAAUUCAAUAGGAAAAUGAACAUUCUCACAAAGGAAGAACUUGCUUCUGCUUUGCAAGUGACUAGAUCGGAUAUGUUACAUGUUUUAAAUCAAGUUGUUCCUUGUGUUGGUUGUCGGAGAAGUGUAGAACGCCUCUAUUACCACUUUUUUAAAAAUGGACAUCCAACCUUAGACCCAAUUGUAGUUAGACCUGAUGGCUUUAUAACGAUUCAUGAGGACAAACAAACUCCUCAAGUUCUUUGUGGACUGUUUCAUGGGCAUAGUGCAAGACUGAAUAGUUUGGUUGAUAAUCAAAUUCGUCGGAAUAAAAAAAGUCCUCGUUGUAUCUUGCAUUCGCUCGAUUCACAACGUAGUCGCCCCAUCACUCCAACGUGGCGGGACGUGUGGGACUGCAUGAAACCUGAAUGCAAACGGGACUCUUGCAUCAUUGAGGCCAGCACCCUGCAUACCACAUUAGAAACGUACCUGCGUAAACAUCGGUUUUGUGGAGAAUGUCGAACCAAAGUUCUUAAAGCAUACACGUUAUUAGUUGAAGAUCCAGAACCAUGUAAAGAAAAGGGUUACGUGGCUGGACUUUACAGUGGCAUCAAACGUUGUCUCCCUGACAAACAUAUUCACCUGCAAACAAAGACUGAUUACAUAACCAAGCUCAUAGGACGUGCUGAACCCGAAUUAUUAGGAAGCCGAAGGGAACGUCAUGCGAAAACACUGGAAAUAGCACAAGAAGAAGUGCUCACAUGUCUCGGCAUAUGCAUGUACGAGCGUCUACACCGUAUUUAUAUGCGUAUGCGCGAAGAAGAAUGCACGUGUCAAGUGUUUGCCGCGGUCGCUGUCGACGCCCUUUGCCGUAGCUUCGAAACCGCCGUCGAGCACACGCAGGGCAUCUCCCAACUUGAACUGCUGUAUGUCGAACUCACUCGCAAAGAACAACAAAAGCAACUACGCAGAGAACAGAAAAAACUCAAGAGGAAACGCAAGAAGGGUCGUGCCGCCAAAGAGACAAAUGGUUGUGACAAAUGCAAAGAUGACGAGGAGGAAGAGGAAGAACUGGAGGACUGUUCCUGUUCGUCAACAAAAUCUGAUAAAGGAUGCCAACCUGCUGAUGGAAAAAAGAAAGAUCCACUAGUGAAAAAGAACAAUUUGGAAGCGACUCGUCGCUGGGUCGACGAUUGCAAGUGUGAAAAAGAGAAAAAGAAAAAUAGUAAGAAGAAGUAUAACAACAGUAGUAGUAAUAGUAGUAAUGAUAACGGCUACGACGCAUACCUGGGGGAUGACGAGCACAAAAAAGAAAAUGGUUCAUCGAGCGAUCACUCCCACGACUGUGGGUACUCUUCUGAGAAUGGUAACGGUAACGGCUGCUGCGAGACCGGGUCCUUGACGUCUAGUCUACCAAGUUCGCCAGACGGGUCAGAAAUGGCGUGUUCAGACGGCUGCUGUCAGACCGAACAGGACUAUGUACCCUACUCGAGAUUCUCCUACGGAAAUGGACAGCAACUUAGUUUACAAGAAAUGUUAGAGGAUCACUUUUAUUCCGACGACGAUAGCGAUUGCUACAUAACUGCAGAGGAAGUAUUAGAGUUCAAGACGAACAACAGGCAGGUGUGUGAGAAGAGAAGGGAACUGAGGGAAACGUUACAAAAGAGGUUUGCGCAUCUAUGCGUUUACGGACCAACGGAAGUGCCUCGUGUGCUCACUCAGUCCAAGUAAAAACAUUUUCUACAUUACUUUUUCUUUUUUUGUUUAUAUAUUUUUUUUAUAAUUUUAACUGUAUAACUGGUUUUGGUUCGUUCACGUUCGUCGGAUUUAUUUACCCAAUAUAUCAACAAUCAUUUCACCAUUUUUACCCCGAUUUUUUGUGGGAUAAUUUUCACUAGUGGAAUAAAGAUUUUGUUUGGUAAACGUGACCAUUUCUCUUGUUUCUUUUUUCUCAUUUAAUUAUUUUGCUUCUGCCUUGUUCUUUCAAAGGCUUUGUGCAAUAGAUAAAUACUACUUAACAGCGCAAAUUGAAUGUCUGCAUUAUUUAAUAAAACAGAAACUUCACUAAAUUCGUUGCGGCUGUAAAAAAUUUCAGUUCUAAUUUUAGUCAAAUAAAUAUAAAUACUUAAUGUUUAAAUCCAAAUAACUACUUAAUAAUAUAAUUAUUUCGUCUAAUUUUCUGUGUAUUCUUUUCUCUAGUUUAUAUAUUAAUUUCAGUUUAGAAUAUUUUGCCGGGGCAAUAGGAAGUAUUUUUUUUUUCUAUCAAAAGAAAUAGUAUUGGCAAUUUCUGCAUUUCCUGGCUACUUCAAUUAAUUUUUCGCCGUUACUGAAAUUAGUGAAAUUUUUGUCUCUUAAUAUUUUGGCAAUUAACAAGUAGUAAACGAGCUGAUUCAUCUAAUUAUUUAUCAUAGACCAAUUUGUAAUGAGAAUGAAUAACAGAGUGUGCAUAUCUUAAAGAAAAAGAACUGUUGUACUACAAAGGAUGUUUUCAAUGAAAUGCUUUAUUCUAUAUUGGAAAAUUAUCAUUAUCCAGCAAUUUACUGAUGAAGUCACUUCCUAAAGGAAAAAUUAGUAACUGAUUUGCAUGUAUUAUAUAUUAUUUUAGUUGAAAUCUAACACUCCUGUAGAGCCAAUUAAUGACUGAAUGUUUAUGUUCUUUAAGGAGCUUCAAAAGUCUUAAUAGUUGGGAGGUGUGACUUUAUCGGUUAUUUUUUGAAAAUUAAUUAAAUUGAAAAGUGAGAGUUAUUUGUUGCAUUCCAAAACUGUUGUUAUUAUAGAUUGUUUUUUUAUUGAUAUCGGCAAAUGCUUCAUGUAUCUGUA